GUUAAGACGCCGCGUCGCUUAGUGGGUGAGAUAGAGCGCACAGAAGAGGCGCAGAGAGAGACUCGCAGAGUUCAAUAAUUCAUCAACAGAGAACGGAAAGUGCUGGAAAAAGGUGUCUUGUGUGUUCUCUUGGGGCCCCCUGCAACUUCCUCCGCCCUCAGACGUGUGUGCCGUGCGAGUGGCGCGGUGAAAUGGGGCGCGCUGAGUGAGAGGAGAAGUGCGUGCGUGCAGAAAUCGGGGGAGAGUCUGUGAUUGAUUUUUCUUGUUGUCGUUUCUCUUCUCCCGCGGACAAAAGUGGAAAAAAUGUGUGCUUUCAUCCACAGCCGAAACUUUGGGGGCUAGAGCGACCCUCCGCGGGGGACAAGUGUGAAGUGCAAAGGGCGUUGGGGUAGACGGCGGGGCGGACCGUGGCCGCCAGCCAUGUCGGACGACGGCGCGGACUCGGGCAAUGAGAAGGACAUCCGACGGGGCCUGUAUGUCAUCCAGAGCAUGAUUGACAUCUCGGCGGACAGGCUGGAGGGCCUGCGGACGCAGUGCGCGACCAGCGCCGAGCUCACGCAGCAGGAGAUCCGCUCGCUGGAGACGAAGCUCGUGAAGAUGUUCACGGAUCUGCUGCUGACCAAGGCCAAGCUGUCCGAGCGCCUGCCGCGCGGCCUGUCCGCCACGGGCGCCGAGCUGCACCAGUGGCUGCGCGUGGUGGGCCUCAGUCCGGACUCCCUGAACGUCGUGCUGCAGCGCGUGAGCACCCUGGAGACGCUGCUGGAGAAGAGUGAGCUGGAACUGCGUGCCAUCCUCCACGACAAUGCCAAUGUACGCGAUGAGGAGGUGCGUCGCUUCAUCCGUGCCAUGUACAACCUCAAGCAGUGCCGCCAGGCCAUCACGUGCGGCUUCCCGGAGCCCAACGACCUCUUCUGGGACUCCUGGGACCGCCAGCACCAGUCGCAUCGCUCCGGCACGUCGCCGCGCACCGCCAGAUCCAACGCGCGCCUCAAUCCGCAGCAGCAAGCGCGCCUGCAGACAUCCAACAGCACUGUGCAGAGUCCCGUGGAGAUCUCCCCGCCGGAGACCGCGUACUACGGCGCCACGUCGCCCGAGGAGAGCUCCACCACCGUGAGCACCUUCACACCCUCCCCGUCGCCGCCAAACUCCCCGUCGGUGCUGCUGAAUAACAGCAAGAAGCGCGGCGCCUUCCCCACGACGCCGCCGGCGAAGAAGAAGCACACCAUCAGCUUCCAGCCGGGCGUGAAUUCCGUCAACGUGCAGAAUGUCAUCAACUCCAAUCCCCUGCCCGCGUCCACUGCCGGCGACCAGACGCCGCUGCCCAAGUCAAAGAGCCACGAGUCCCAGCUCGUGGUCACAACCACCACCGACGGCGGCGCCGCCCAGCCCAACAGCACCGCCGCCACAGUCGCCAGCAAGCCGCGAUCUCGCCUCCACACGGAGCCCGGCCCGGGCAAUCACACGGGCGACAUGAGCGCGGAGAACUGCUCGCCCGUGAUGAACAACCUCACAGUGCCGCGCUCGCCACUCACGCCCGUGAUGGUGAACCCCACUAUGGGCCACGACAUCCCGCACCACUUCACCAAGAACUUCAAGAUGAUGACGGUGACGUGCGACCUGUGCGGCAAGCCCAUGUUCUUCGGGCUGAAGUGCAAGGAGUGCAAGUAUCGCUGCCACAAGGACUGCGAGCAAUCCGUGCCGCCGUCCUGUGGUCUGCCGCAGAAGCUCUUCAAGGCGAUCAAUCCGUCGCCCAACAUGAACAGAACCGCCGGCGGUGUGCCGAGGCGCGGCCAUCAGCAGCAGCACGCAGGAUUACCAUAUCACGGGCCGGACUCCAGUUCCGCCGGCUCCAGCUGCAACAGCUCCAGCCCCUCCAGUCCGGCCCUCCUCAAUCUCCCACCCCAGACGCCGAGCUCAUCGAAGAACCAGUUCAGCUUUCCGGAAGUGCCACAGAACCAUCACCAUCACCAUCAGCUGCAUCACCACCAGAGGCUCAACAAUGUGGGCGGCGAUGGCGAUCGCACGAUGGGAACGAAGAUCAUCGUUCCCACCGCUCCGCUGCCCAGCUCUCCGCGUCCCACGCUGUCUGAGCUGGCGGACACGCACCAGAGCAACGACAGCGACAAGACCAUCUCCCUGAGUGGCUCCACCAGCGCCAGCACCGAUUCCGAUCGCACGCCCAUCCGCCUGGACUCCACGGAGGAGCGCGACUCUGGCCACUGGCCGCGACAGAACAGCCUGUCGCUGAAGGAGUGGGACAUCCCGUACGACGACCUGCACCUGCUGGAGAAGAUCGGCAAGGGGCGCUUUGGCACUGUGCAUCGCGCACUGUGGCACGGAGAUGUGGCUGUGAAGCUGUUGAAGGAGGACUAUCUGGAUGACGAGCGCACAUUGGAGGCAUUCAAGCUGGAGGUGGCGACAUUCAAGAAGACCCGCCACGAGAAUGUGGUGCUGUUCAUGGGCGCGUGCAUGAAGCCACCGCGUCUGGCCAUCGUCACGAGUCUGUGCAAGGGCAACACGCUGUUCACGCACAUCCACCUCCGGAAGGACAAGUUCAAUCUGAACAAGACGACACUUGUGGCACAGCAAAUAUCUCAGGGAAUGGGCUACUUGCACGCUCGUGGCAUUGUGCACAAGGAUCUCAAGACGAAGAACAUCUUCCUGGAGAAUGGCAAGGUGAUCAUCACGGACUUUGGCCUAUUCAGCGCCACCAAGUUGCUGUACUGUGAUCUGGGACUCGGCAUUCCGACCGGAUGGCUGUGCUAUUUGGCACCCGAGCUCAUACGUGGUCUGAAGCCCUUUCGGCCCACGGACGAGGAUCUGCCCUUCUCCAAGGCCUCGGACGUCUUCGCCUUCGGCACUGUGUGGUAUGAGCUGCUGUGCGGGGAGUUUCCCUUCAAGUCUCAACCGCCGGAGGCGAUCAUCUGGCAAGUGGGGCGCGGCAUGAAGCAGACACUGGCCAAUCUGCAGGCGUCGCGCGACGUCAAGGACAUCCUCAUGGUGUGCUGGUCAUUUCAGGCGGACGAUCGGAAAGACUUUGCCAAUCUUCUCACACUCCUCGAGCGAUUGCCAAAGAAACGCCUCGCACGCAGUCCCUCGCAUCCUGUUCAAUUAUCCCGCUCGGCAGAGUCGGUGUUCUAAAAGGGGCUCACUUUGCCCCGCCAUCUUUGCCGGGCAGCGGAAGCCGAGCAAACAGAUCCGUACGGUAAUUGCUAUCGCACAAUUGUGGCAAACUUAUCUCUAUAUAUAAAUAUGCAUAUUUAAAUAUUCAAGUCCCAAUAAAUGUGUAAUUCAUCAAAAUCAUCCGUUAUCCCUCUCAGUUGGAGAAUUAAAGAUAGAGAGAAAUUACCCAGCCAGCAAAGAUGCUAAGAUUGUUUAGCUUUCCUUCGUUGAGAACUAAGCAAAUCGGUUACUGCACUAGCGAACGUAGCGGCGACAAGUUAAAGUACUGAUGCGCACUUAAAUCCAUAGAUGUCGCAUCAUGUAGAACCUUGCCAUUUCAAUAAUACACUUCGUGGUUACAACACUCAAGUGAAUUGUAAUGUUAGCGCCAAAAAAUAACCUCAAAAGUGAGAGAUUUUCAUGCUCUCAAUGACAUUUUUAAUUGUCACGGGAGACCGAAUGAAGGGAAGUCUAUGUUCUUAUCAGGAAAAAACAAAAAAUUAGCACAAUAUUUGGUGAAAACAAGCAGAAAAAUAUUAAAGAUUGAUAAUGGUGAAAACACAGAAUUUGUCAUCUGAAAAUUGACAGAAAUUAUCUCUUUCUCAACCACGU